AUGUUGUCGUCGUUUAGUGUUAAGGUUAGAUCUUUAGUGCCAAGCACCAUUCGCUGGGCGAGCCAAGAUGAUAGUCCACUUCGGCGUCUCGUUCGCGAUGCAAGCCUUUUCGGUGAGGGUAAAGAAGAGGAAGGUGAGCUGGCCUGGGCAACGCAGCCAUAUGCGGUUUCCACUUCACAAGAACCAACUUCUCGAACUGAUCCAAAGGACACAACAGUGCUAUUGUUUCCAGGACAGGGCUCGCAACAUAUUGGCAUGGGCAAAUGUUUAGAUCAAGUGCCUGCUGCCAUGGAAUUAUAUGAAUUUGCUUCUUCUGUAGUAGGGUGGGAUGUUGCAAAAUUGUGCCGAUAUGGCCCAGAAGAGAAAUUAUCAAAGCAUUGUCAGAUAGCCGUUCUAGUAACUUCUCUGGGCGCACUCGAGUUAGCCCGUGAAAGACGACGCGGUGCAGUGGAGCGCGUGCGUGCAGCAGCCGGUUUCUCCCUAGGAGAGAUCACAGCUCUUGUGUUUGGUGGCGCUUUACCAUUUGAACGCGCGCUACGAUUAGUAGAAGUAAGAGAAACAGCUAUGCAAGCAGCUGCAAAGGCUCGGCCUGGUGGUAUGCUCACUGUCUGGUUGGCACCCGAAGCUAAAGUACCUGCUUUACUGCGCGCCGCUCGUGAUCAGGCAACUUCACCACAUUUGCCUAAUCCCGUUUGUGAGGUUGCAAACUACCUUUACCCUGGUUGCAAGGUUCUUGCCGGAGAUGAAGAGGCAUUGAAAUGGGUGGAGAGAGAGGGACGCUCUUGGGGCGUGCGUCGGGCAGCACGUAUUCGCGUGUCCGGCGCGUUCCAUACGAUUUUAAUGGCACAGGCAGAAGCGGCAGUACGGGAGGCACUUAGCCACUGUGAGUUGAGCACACCACGAGUACCAGUCGUGUCUUGUGUUGACGCCCGAACUGUUACAAAUGCAAGCGCCGCCCGACGACGUCUUGAAAGACUUACAGCAGCACCUGUGCGUUGGGAGCAAGUCCUCCAUGCUCUUUACGCGCGUCCAGCUGAUACACCUCAGCCGUACACUCUCACCUUAGGGCCGGGGAACGCUUUACGUUCUACGCUUAAGCAAGUUAAUGCGCGAGCGUGGGACGCUUCGACACACAUAGAUGUUUAG